UAUCUGAAUGACUUGACAAGUGGAACCUAUACGGAAAAUAAUUUCUGUAGCAUUAAAGAUAAGACGGACAAUAGAAACACGAACGAUAGAUUGACGUGUAUGAGACACGAGAAGUGAUGAUGAGAAUGGUGGUAGCAAGUAUGUGGAGGGUUGUGGUGAUAGUGGUAGCAGUGGUGGUAUGCAAGGUUGACACUACCAGCACAGUGGCAGACUUAGCCAACGAUAUCCUCGCUCGAUACCCGGGACAAGACGACUAUAUCAGUCCAACCCAGGAGGUGUGGGCGGCAGUGGGCGGUUCAGCCAACUUACCCUGCAAUAUGACGUCUCCCCUGCCCGCCGACCCUGCCCUCCUUGUCCUCUGGUACAAGGAUGGUAUCCACAAACCUUUGUACAGUUUCGACGUGAGAAGAGGACCAGCCUCGCACUGGAAGAAUCCCAGUCACCUGCCUCACAGAGCCACGUUUCGCCCCACCACAGCGAGUCUCACCUUACAAAGGGUCGAGGCUGCCGACCAGGGAACCUACCGCUGUCGGGUCGACUUCCGCAUCAACCCAACCCUCACCUUCACUACCAACCUCAGUGUCGUUGUUCCCCCGAGUCGUGUGGCAAUAUACACUGAGCUGGGUGUUGAGGCUCGCAGUAUUGUGGGACCCUUCACCCAGGGUGACACCUUGCGUCUUACCUGCCGAGCCACGGGGGGGUCACCGCCCCCCUCACUCACCUGGUGGGAGGGCCCCCUCCUUCUCGACAUGACCCCGGAAGUGGAAACCUUAAACCAGGUCACCAAUACUCUGGUGUUGCCCAAGAUGACCCGGCGUGACCUGCAUCGAACCCUCACCUGUCAAGCUUCAAACUCUAACCUCACUGCUCCACUCACUACUACAGUCACCCUCGACAUGAACUUUCCACCACUGUGGGUUCGUCUGUUGACAAGUCGGGAUCCAGUGAGUGCGGGGAGUCAGUAUGACAUUGUGUGUCAGGCUGCUGGUUCCAGGCCUCCUGCAGUAAUCACCUGGACUCUGGGCAACACUAGACUCACCACCCACAGUGAUAAGCUGAGUCAAGAUGGUAACGUGACGACCAGCAAGCUGAGGCUGACACCUGAGGUUGACGAUGCUGGCAGAUCGUUGUCGUGCUUGGCUCACUCCCCCACUCUCAGCACCCAGCCUCUCCUGGACCACUGGAUCCUUGACGUUUACUACGUACCUGUGGCUCGCGUGUACCCGGGACGAUCACUCAACCUCAGCAACAUAGAGGAGGGAGAUGAUGUCUACUUCGAGUGUUCCAUCAACUCCAACCCCAGGGUUUACAAGAUUGUCUGGCUUCACGAGGGCCAGGAGCUACAACACAACGUAUCUGCUGGGGUAAUUAUCAGCAACCAGAGUCUGGUACUACAGCGUGUGGAAAAAUCUGCGUCAGGUCACUACUCCUGCGUCGCCUCUAACAUCGAGGGUGACGGACAGUCGAGCCCCAUCAAGCUCAGGACAGACCUGACCCCUGCACAACUGUUCCAUGUACAUCCCGUUUUCCCCGCAGGUAAACCUGACCCCGUACACAACUGUUCCACGUACAACCUGUCAGUGGAGAUGGUGAACGUGCGCUGUGUAGCUGGAUUUGACGGUGGUCUCCCCCAGACCUUCAUGCUCGAGCUGUAUGAACCUAACACCAACACUCUCCUGGCUAACUCUACCAACUCGGUGCCGGCCUUUUCAGUGGGCGGUGUAGCGCCAGGAUUGGCCUUGCUUGGGGUAGUGUACUCAAGGAAUGGUAAAGGCAGCAGCGAGAAGAUCAGUCUUCUGGUGUACACGCUCAAGGACAUGGCAGAGAGACGCACAGCGGCGGUCAAGCCAUCACCCACACAUGACAAGUCAUUAGAACAGCUCAGCUUGAUGCCCACCAUUGCGCUGGUGCUGGGGACGGUGGGCAGCCUCCUGGUGGUGGGCAUCGCCAUCUGCGCCAUCCUGAGGCUGCGUUACUACAGCAGGCGAGGCAGAGGGCAAUGCAGGCGAGGUACGAUACACGAGACUCCUGCUGUUGUUGAUAGUGCUUGCAACACCACCUGCAACAUCAAGACUCCUUCCACCACCUCCAUCCCGCCACCUGAAGCCUCGUCACACGACUCUGAUGAGAUGAAUCCAGAUGUAAUUCCCCAAUCAGGCGAGUAUUAUUGUUUAGAGAGGCAAGCACUGAAACAUUCAAAUCCAUCCUUCCCUUUCUUCUUCUUCCUCCUCUUCUUUCUCUUCUUAUACACAGAUUUUGCGAAAGCCUUCGACAAAUACGAUCAUGGAGUAAUAGCACACAUAAUGCGUGAUAAAGAAUAA